GAUGUUACAAAAUAAAGAAAUAAGAAAAAUAAACAAUAAAGUUGGUGUCCAUAGCUCUGGCAGUACAAGUGGAAAGUUCCUUGAAGAACUUAUUCUAUCUCAUUUUUAAAGGAUUUUUAAGGGAAGGAUGAAGAGUGUUGGUAGCAGAGGCAGAGUAUCAGUUCAGUUUACACUACUACUACAUCAUUAGCUCUGCUCAUUGCAGCCAUGGAGAGUGCAAAGAGAUCUUGCCUUGCUAUCUCCCUCAUCCUACUCCUACUCCUUGUUCCAAGUAUCCAUGGAGCAAGGCAUGUUGCUGCAGCUAUCAAGGGUACAGGCGCCGACAGCGAGAUGGUGGUGACGGAGAGGACGGCCGGCGGCGGCGGCGGACAUGGACGCGGUUACACAAGCCACCGGUCGCACAACCCCAACAAUCCCAACGACGGUGGCUCCGGCACGCCGGUGGUGGACCCGCACAAUGUCGCCACCAGGGGCCACCACCACCGCGGCGCGGCGACGAGGACGGCCGCCGGCGGCGACCCCCGCCUGGCAGCCUGCAUGCUUCGUCUGGGAGCGACCUUCUUCCUGCUGGUUCUUGGCUGAAUUAUUUAUUGGAGGAUGGAUAUGUGGUUAUUUUUCUUAAGUUUUUUUACUGCUUUUUAAAUUUAAUUUUUCUGCGUUUUUGAUAUAGUGUGGUCAUAGUUUUGUGACAUGUUAAAUACCAAGAGAUGAUACAAGGUGUAUAUAUACCAUGUGCAUGUGAAGUUGGGAUGUGUGUGUGUUUUGCUUUGCGUGUAUGAAGACAUAUGUAUGGAGUUUGUUUGGCAGAAUGUGUGGUUUAUAUGUC